UGUUGCCACCGAACUGAUAGCAGGCUUCGCGUCUUCUCCGAUGUGCCCGACAGACAAUCACGGUGGCAAGGCUGCGAAAUCUGCGGAGACGCACAUUUUGUCCUUCAUUUGGUAUGCAGCCAACAAAACAUGCAUGCGGGAUGUGGCCGACAGAUUCAACCUGGCUGAAAGUACUGUACACAGGGUACUGCAAAGAGUGGCAGACUACCUGUGUACGCUAGGUCCAACUGUCCUCGCAUUUCCCCGUGACCUGGAGAAGCUGUCCAGAGAUUUCGAGAAAGUGUCGGGUGUGCCUGGUGUUGUUGGAUGCAUAGAAGGUUGCUACAUUCUCAUCCAGUGCCCCGAAAACAAGAUAGCUUCGACCUACGUCAACAGACACCACUUCCUCUCAAUGACAUUGCAGGCUGUGUGCGACAACAAGAGGCGAUUCAGUGACGUGCUCGUUGGAAGCUCGAGCGAGAUACACGAUUCCCGUGUCUUUCGCCUGUCCUCGCUUGCCAAAAAAAUCCCAGGGAUAUGCCAAGGUGGCAGGUAUCACAUCCUAGCUGACGCAGCAUACCCUGCGACGAACUGCUCGAUGACAGUGAUGAAGAGGAGGCUAACGAAGAUGUACCAUGGUCCAAGUGCACAGACAGCGAUGAAUGUAAAGAAGAGGAUACUGAAGAAGACGCAGCUCUACGUAAGCUCGGCGAGUUGA